AUGAAAGCAGAAGAAGCAGAAGGUGAAGCAGAAGUAGAGGUUGAAAUAGAAGCAGAAGGUGAAGCAGAAGCAGAAGUAGAAGGUGAAAUAGAAGCAGAAGGUGAAGCAGAAGUAGAAGGUGAAGCAGAAGUAGAAGGUGAAAUAGAAGCAGAAGGUGAAGCAGAAGCAGAAGUAGAGGGUGAAAUAGAAGCAGAAGGUGAAGCAGAAGUAAAAGGUGAAAUAGAAGCUGAAGAAGUAGAAGGUGAAAUAGAAGCAGAAGGUGAAGCAGAAGUAGAAGGUGAAAUAGAAGCAGAAGGUGAAGCAGAAGUAGAAGGUGAAAUAGAAGCAGAAGGUGAAGCAGAAGCAGAAGUAGAAGGUGAAAUAGAAGCAGAAGGUGAAGCAGAAGUAGAAGGUGAAAUAGAAGCAGAAGGUGAAGCAGAAGUAGAAGGUGAAAUAGAAGCAGAAGGUGAAGCAGAAGUAGAAAGUGAAAUAGAAGUAGAAGAUGAAGCAGAAGUAGGUAAAAUAAAAGCAGAAGGUGAAGCAGAAGCAGAGGUAGAAGGUGGAAUAAGAAGCAGGAAAGAAGCAGAAGGUGAAAUAGAAGCAGAAGGUGAAGCAGAAGUAGAAGGUGAAAUAGAAGCAGAAGGUGAAGCAGAAGUAGAAGGUGAAAUAGAAGCAGAAGGUGAAGCAGAAGAAGAAGGUGAAAUAGAAGCAGAAGGUAAAGCAGAAGUAGAAGGUGAAAUAGAAGCAGAAGGUGAAGCAAAAGCAGAAGUAGAAGGUGAAAUAGAAGCAGAAGAAGGUGAAAUAGAAGCAGAAGAAGCAGAAGGUGAAGCAGAAGUAGAAGGUGAAAUAGAAGCAGAAGGUGAAGCAGAAGUAGAAGGUGAAAAUAUGAACAGCAAAGGUGAAGCAGAAGCAGAAAGCGAAUCAGAAGGUGAAAUAGAAGCAGAAGGUGAAGCAGAAGUAGAAGGUGAAAUAGAAGCAGAAGGUGAAGCAGAAGUAGAAGGUGAAAUAGAAGCAGAAGGUGAAGCAGAAGUAGAAGGUUGA